AUGGCUGCGCAACGUCGCGGUGGCGGAUUUCUCUGGGCUGCUUUGCUGAGCGGGCUCGCCCUCAAUGUGCUCGACCUAAGACGCCCUGCCUUCCUGGCGGUGGAGACGCACCAGAAGCCGGUGCAAUCCCGUCGCAGCUUCGCCUGGGCAGUUGGCGCUGGACUUCUUUCCGAGCCUGCGUGGGCAGAAGAGGAAGCGGCCCCGAAGAAGAAGAAGGAACGACCGCCUGAAACGCUGAUUGCCGAGGGUUUCGAAUCCAAAGCAAUUCCUUUGAACGGGCGCUGGUCGAUUGUCUUUGGAAAGAAGAUCGCAGGAAAGCCCGUCUACAAGAAGGACGGAGAGUCGUACUUUCUCAUGACCAAUGACUGCGGCCAGCUACAAAUAGAUACAGAAAAGAAGGCUACUUGCGAUGGUUCCAUUGGCAUCCAGAAGGAGUCGGGCUGGGUCAUUGACGGCAAGGCUUCGGGGUUCAAGGUCCGGCCCGAGACCAAGGAGGAUGCCAAUAAGAAUCAGGGCAUCAGUGCGUCCAAGCUCAAUGAACUCGUGAACGAAGACCUGGCAAAGUUUGAGAGGCAGUCCUCAGUGUCGACGUUCCGAGGGACCAUGGAUGAUGAUGAUGAGGUGCUUGAAGUAGAUGACCUGCCAGCAAACACCUUCUUGUCACUUCGAUAUGGAGACACCCGAAAGCAGGCGCCGUUCCGCGCUGGGGAGUCCUUUGCCUUUCCGCCAAGUGGCAAGCAGCCAAAGGCCUUCACCGUGGACGUCUUCCAAAAGGUGGCAUCUUCUCAGGUGAGCUUGGCAGGCAUCUCUGCUCUCGGAGGAAGCUUGAACAAUGUAGAGAUCGAGACCCUGGACAUCGGCAGCGCGCCACUGAAGGCCUCCUUCGAAGCCUCGCUGCGAUCUUUCGACCACCAGGAGAAGUCAGGAGCCUCUCGCGGCCGCAAUGCUGCAGAGCGGGCAAAGCAGUACAUGGAGCAGCGUGGGGUGCAGCACUUUCUGCAGGAGAUGUUCACCCAGCUCCUUGAGCGAAAACCAGAGGAUUAUCUUGGAUUUCUGGCGGAUUUCAUCGAGCAGAAGCAGGAUGAAGCAGACCAUGCCGACAGGAAUGAGAUCGACUUCUCUUCCGAGCCCGGCUUGGGGGAGAAUCCGCUGCCUGGUUUCGCAGCAUUCCCGCUUCCUGACCUCAGCAAACAUAACAGCAUUGCCACUGAAGUGUUGCGGGCACAGCCAGAGAUCGAGCAGCUCGCAAACCUUCGAACCAGCAUGGGUGUAUCUUUGGCACAGUGUAUAAAGCCCGGCGUGGACUGUCCAGGGCACCCGAUGGUGAAAGUAGCUGGGGCCUUUGCUGGUGAUGGUGAAUGUUAUAGCCUAUUCCAGCAAUUCUUCGACCCUCUCGUGGCAAGCCUGAGCUUGAAGGGCUCCAUGCGCAGCGGCGCGGAUGGCGCGACCCAUCCUUUGGAUGGGGAUGUCACCAAGAUCUCCGGUGACCAAAUCGAUCCGUCAGGGAGCUACGUCGUCUACGCAGUCUUGGAGGCACGUCGAAAUGUCGAAGGAAUUCGCAUGCCUGUCAGCUGCUCCAGGGAGGAGCGCCGAGAAGUGGAGAAGCUCUUGUCCUCGGCCCGGCUGCGCGGAACCUACCUCCCCCUGGCCGGCUCGAAGAGUUGGCAGAAACGUUCGGGUGGCAUGGCAGCCUUCCAAGAGGAGCGGCUUCGGAAGGUGGGGAUGCUCUUGACCGAGCCGGAUUCCAAGUUGAAGUUGGCAGCAGGAUUCGGAAGACACUGGCCCGAUGCCCGUGGGGUGAUGGUCUGUGAUGCUCCUGGUGUUUUCGUCUGGUGCAAUGAGGAGGAUCACUAUCGCUUCUUCGCAAGGCAGGAAGGCUCUGAGCUCAAAGAGCUCUACGAGCGCAUGGCGAAGACGAUGUCGGCCGUCUCCGAGGCGGCGACCAUGGCCGGCAGAGCCUUCGCCUCUUCAAACAAGCUCGGGUGGCUCACGACCUGUCCUUCUCGCGUCGGCGCGGCCCUGCGCGUGACGCUGACGCUGCGAAUCCCGUUGUUGGCCAAAGCCGUCGAUCUGCCGGCGCUGUGUGAGUGCUUGCAUUUACACUGUGACUCCAGCAGCUCCGCCAUCUCCGGGAAUUUGUGGCAGAUCCACAGUUUGAGUAGCCUGGGAGUGUCCGAGGUGGAGGUGAUGAACGAAAUGAUUCAGGGCUGCAAACUUCUCGUGGGACUGGAGCAGCGCUUAGAGCAGAAAGAGCCGAUCUUCGAUUCUCUCCCGGGCCUGGGCACAGAGCUGCCCUUCAGCCCUCUGCCCUGCAACGGGCCGUGCCCUGAAGCCAUGCCCGACCUCGCCGGCUGCCGUAGCUUGGUGGCGGCUUCCUUGAGGGUGAAUCCCAAACUCUACCUCCAGUACCGCAGCUUGGCGACUUCCGCUGGUACGCACCUCGGCGUCUGUUUGAGGCCCGCUUUCGACCGAGAUGUGGGAAGGCAGAAGACUGCCUCGGGCCUCGUUGCCGGGGACGAAGAGUGCUUGGACACCUUCCGCGAAUUGUUCGUCGCCGUGCACGGACAGCUCCAGGCACUCCAAGCCUCCUGGGAGCCUCCACGAGGUAGCUGCAAAACCCUUGAGCUAACAAGCUCAUGCCAGUGGGUGAAGAUCGAGAUGCGACGCAAUGUUUCUGGCCUCAGGUUCGCCCCAUCAUGCUCCACAGAUGAAAGGCGAGAGGUGGAGCGUCUGCUGGUGCGCUGCAUGGAGAAUCAGAAGGCUGUGACGGGCCAGUACUAUCCGUUGGCCUUCUCUCAAAGCUAUCCCUUGAUGCCCAAUGGCAUCAAUCAACAGGAGGAACGGCAUCUCGUGAGAUUGGGAAAGCUGUUCCCGGCUCCGCACGCACUGGGCGAGCUGAGCAGUGGAGUUGGUCGGGAAUGGCCGGAUGCGCGUGGGGCCUUUCUGAGCGACGGAACCGCAGACGACGGUUGCGAGACUUUGGCGUGGGUGAAUCAAGCUGAUCAUCUCCGACUACGGUGCUUCGUCCCGGGCGGUGACAUGCAGCUGGCAUAUCGAAAGGUUCAAGGGAUGGCCGACAACAUCGAGACGGAGCUCAACUCCCUUUGCUCCAGGGGCUACUCUCGCCAUGCGAAGUUUGGCUAUGUCACCGUGGACUCCCUCCACUUGGGUUCUGGUAUGCAGCUAACUGCUGCCAUGCAGCUGCCAGAGCUGAGCCAGCUGGAAGAUUUCCCCAAGCUCUGUGCUCGCCUCAAGCUGACGCAGACGUGGCAUGAUGACUGCUACGAACUCUCGAGCUAUCCGGCACCUGAACUGAAGGCCGAGGAUCUGCUGGCUCGGACUUUGCAGAGCCUGCGCAUCCUUGUUACCUGCCAUGAUUUCAGGAUCAAGCCUCUGAAGCGGCCUUUCCCGAGGGAGGGCUUUGCAGGAAGGCACCGGUGUCCGAACGGACAAUGGUCUCCUUCAUCUUCGUGA